AUGGACAUGGAGCUGGUGUUUGUGAGACGAUUUCCCGAGGCGUUGCAACAUUGGCGAACGAGCGGUAUGGGACUGUUGAGUAGGAUGCAGGCCCUUGAACCGUAUCCAGCUAAGAACGGUGCAAAGCUGUCAGCAGAUGAAUCGGAAUAUGAAGUGGCCAAGGAGUUACUGAAAACUCUCGAUCCAAACGAGCCUCCAAAGAUUGCCCUUGAACCGUAUCCAGCUAAGAACGGUGCAAAGCUGUCAGCAGAUGAAUCGGAAUAUGAAGUGGCCAAGGAGUUACUGAAAACUCUCGAUCCAAACGAGCCUCCAAAGAUUGGCACUCUUUCGAAGUCUGAAUGGGAAGCAUUCUGUAUGUACCUGCUCUUUGCCUUCCGCAAGAAAGGCGGCCCGAAGAGGAAAAACGCUGCCGAGCAGUCCUCAGAACAGUCCUCGGAUAAUCCCCCAGAAAAGAAACCACGAACAGAAUGA